CGCCCCUUUACUUUCAGGACUAUUUUCAGCAGCAAGGAACUGACUUCAUAUGAUGAUCUUCUAAAAACAAUUGCGCCAUACGUAAAUUCUACAAUAUCCCAAUUUCAAGAUCAAUUCCUUGCUUAUUACUUAGUAGACGUGUAGUUAACGAACAGGGCAACCCCGAUACCAGGAACCGAGGGGCCGUCGGUUCAUCAUCGGGAGAUGCCCCGGACAUAGCCUGAUCCCCAAGCUAGAAAUGACUAUAUAAACCAACGCAAGCCCGUUGUAGUUGGAGAUGUAAGGCUCUCGAGUAUACAAAGAAACACAUGCAAACCUUGACCUCAAAUCUUGAUAAUAUUUUUCGAAGCAUCUCCAAUCAUGGCAGCAUUUACCCUCGAAGCAGCACCGGGCACCGACAUAUGGCGGAAGCCUCCGACCACAGACGUAUGGAACGCACCAAUCUCACGCACUUCGUCGGGCCCGCUCAAAAAGUUCCAAUCCGCGCGCGCAACCUUCUGGGCCGACUGGUCCGAGCGAUACGACCAAGCCGGACUUCUCCUCGUGCCCAAACCCUCCUCCGCAUCUGCGGUCUUCCCGCCAGCUAAGUGGAUCAAAACCGGCCUGGAGUUCUACCUCGGCAAGCCGCACCUGAGCACCGUCGGCUGCGACCGCUUCGCGGACUGGAGCGUCGGGCCCUUAUCCCUAUCCGAGGGCGAAAGGCCGCCGGCGGAUGAGGGGGUGGGCGGUGUCACGAUCGAGGUUGUGCGCGAGGGCGACGAGCACGGGAGGAGCUUCUGGGUGUAUCGGUUAGUUCUUGAUGCGGAGGGUGGUGUUGUGGAGAGGAUUCCGCUGCGGGAGAUUUGCUGGGUGCUUGCGGAGGAGGAAGAUGGGGAGGGGGAGGAGUGGGUGCUGGAUGUGAGUCCGCUGGUGGCGCGGCCGGAGAAGAGUGCGACCGAGGCGCUCAAGGUUGCUUUUAAGAGCUUUGAGGUUCAUUGGCAGUCUUGAGAAGGACUAGGCCGAGUCGAUUCCCCCUUUUGGGUCCCUUUUUAUGAGAGAAUAGAAAUACGAAUUGACAAUACCUUACGUACAUAUCCACACAAGAUGUCAGUUUCGUGCAUCUACUACAUAUGUACGUAGUAGUAACCUAUGUACCUAGGUAAGUGUUACGGAAGAAGCCGAAGCAGUGGGUGAACGGCACGGCCGCGUGGGACGAUCAGGGAAUCCCUUGCAAUGGCGAACUCUAUCAUGUG